GAGUUGGCCUCCCGCCGUUGGAACUGGCGCAACGCGACGGGCGGGGCCAGGAAGUUUGUUCCCGAGUUCGGAGCCCAGGAGUCCCCGCGGCCGUCGCUCAGGUGCCCUCCGCCGGGUCGGGAUGGAGCUGCCUGCCGUGAACUUGAAGGUUAUUCUCCUGGUUCACUGGCUGUUGACAACCUGGGGCUGCUUGGUGUUCUCAAGCUCCUAUGCUUGGGGCAACUUCACUAUCCUGGCCCUGGGUGUGUGGGCUGUGGCCCAGCGGGACUCUAUAGAUGCCAUAGGCAUGUUUCUUGGUGGCUUGGUUGCCACCAUCUUCCUGGACAUUAUCUACAUUAGCAUCUUCUACUCGAGUGUUGCCACUGGGGACACUGGCCGCUUCGGCGCCGGCAUGGCCAUCCUCAGCUUGCUGCUGAAGCCCUUCUCUUGCUGCCUCGUCUACCACAUGCACCGUGAACGAGGGGGUGAGCUCCCCCUCCGCCCCGAUUUCUUCGGACCCUCUCAGGAGCACAGUGCCUACCAGACAAUUGACUCAUCAUCAGACGCUGCUGCAGACCCCUUUGCAAGCCUGGAGAACAAGGGCCAAGCUGUCCCCCGGGGGUACUGAAGCUGUCCCUGGUCGUCCUGGUCCCCAGCAGGAUUCUUGUUCAAACCUUCUUUACCUGGACCUACAGUGGGGCAUCCGCCAUUCCCUAUCACAGAGGUGGCCUGAGUCAUGUGCCCUUGGAGGUCAAGAGCCUCUAGCUUCUCAGUGGAGAAGAGCCCAGUCCUAAUUCUCCAGGCUACCCCUCCCUUCAAGACACCUGUUAACCCCUGGGCUAGAGCUGUGGUUGGUUUUUUCCCCUCCUACCCCAUAACUAUAACACACUCCUACUGAACUGCCCAGAGUGCUCAGGGCCAGCCAGGCCUCAUGGGUUAGUGAUCACUGCCGCUCGGGCUGCCCCAUGGUGAUCAGCCCUUCCUAGAAGCUCUGUGAGCUUGUGGUCCCGCUCAGCCUGCUCUGCAAAGGGGCAAAGUUCCUGUGCCUGUCACGGCCUCAUGACUUGGUGUCUGAGAACCCCAGGCCUGGAUGCAGUAGUUCUUCAGAGGCCCCUCUCAGAGUGCUGGCAUUAAAAAUUCAGGGGUUCUGUGGCUGCUCUGUGUCUGAGCCACGAUUGAGCUCCAAGCACAGACCCACCCUGCUGUCUUGGUAUGAUUUUUGCCUUUGAGUCAAGAGCCUGAUGGAAGGAAGGGCUACCUGUGGGCCUGUGGGGGGAGCCUGACUGUGGCCAAACGGUCAGUGUGGCAUGUGGACAGACAUCUGUCCUCUGAAUCUAAGUGACUAUCACUGCCUCUGAUACUGACCCAUGAGGCAGGGCAUGGGUGACUCCCUCUAUCUCCUGCGUUCUUACCACAGUCGACUGCCUCCUGAGGUUCCAGGGCCCCUAUUCUUACUGCCAGAUCUCUGGGGACAGAUACUUGAAGACUUAUGGGGAACCACAGGCUGAGGUGACUGUCCUGAAAGGACUGUCUGCACACCUGUGGACAGGCAGGGAGGCUGAGUGACAGCAUCUGUGAAAAGUGAACCCCACCCCCCACCCCCGCCUCUGGACAGGGUCACUGUGGAACACCAUCCCAUACAAUCAGCAUCCCAUACAAUCAGCAUCCUGAGCCCAGUGUGAGCAGAGUGAGGAGCAGCGUGUGCCACUAGAGGGAGGUAGUUGUGAGGCAACCUCUCACAAAACCCUUAGGUUUGUUUAGGUUGUAUGCAGCACAGUAUAAAACAUGAGCCGGGGCCCAGAGACGAGGCUCAGCAGCAGGUGAAAGGAGUCAGUCUACUACUUAGCGUGACAAUCUGUGUUUAGUUUUGGACCGACUUGAGAAAGUUGUCCUCUGACCUCCACACAUACUCUUGUCAUGGUAUGAGGUUUUACACACAAACAGAGAGAAGAGAGAGAGAGAGAAAGAAAGAAAGAUAGAUAAAAACAAACAAUCCAGAAUAUUAAAAACCUGCCUGGUGGGUGGUUAAUCCCAGCACUCGGGAGGCAGAGGCAAGUGAAUGUCAGAGAUUGAGGCCAGGCCUGGUCUACAGAGUGAAUUCCAGGUCAGCCAGGGCUACACAGAGAAACCCUGUCUACAAAAAAAUAACAAAAAAGCUCUGGGAUGCAUGUCAAGUUCCUGACUGCAGAGGCCUUGGGGGAGAAGGGAACAUGAGGCCUGCGGCAAGGAAGAUGGAAAACCCAGGGUGUUUCUCCUGUUUCUGGGCAGUUUCUAGGCAGAAGGAAGGCCUGGAGUAUCAGUGCCGUGUCUCUUGGAAUAGGUCAUGCUUGCAGAGACGAAUAAGGUGAGGCAGGGGCUCAGCCUAAGUAGCUAAGACAGGUCCCAGAGCCUGCAUCCCUCAGAUCCAGCUGACCUUAGGGAAAGGUGGAGGAGGAAUAUCUCUGGAAGAGCCCCAAAAGCAGACUAGAGCAGGGGAGCUGGGCUUUCUCAUUGGUCAAUGGCUGUCCCACAGUGGAUGACAAACUUCCAGCUGAUGGAGGAGAGGCCCCGAGGCAAGCAGAAUAGGUGGGUGAAGAGAAGAGACAUGCCCUAGAGGCAGCAGUGGGCUAGAGAGGGUCUAAGUGGAGGGGCAGCCCCCCAGGAAGGCUGGCCUGGAACACUGGCCAGCAUGUGGUUAGGAAGUGGUGUGGCUGGAGCGCUUAGUGUCAGAUAGCAGAAGAGCAGGUUGGGAGCCACCAUGGGGACUGCCUUCCACUGAGUAAGAACUCAAGAGAGCAUGCAUCGGUAUCCGAAUCUGAAUGUGACUGGUUGAUACUCCCUAGAAGGAUACUUUGUACUUGUUGGCUGUGGGAAUGUGACAACUGUCACCUCCUGGACACACUCUGAAGGUGGGCCUGCGGGAACUGCUGAUGCACCGAAGAGAGAAGCCAGGAAUACUAACAGUAGGAUUGGGGCUGUACCCUGUAGUUGCCACUGACUGGAAAGCCAAGAGGAGCACACAGGCUGGUGGGGCACAGGAUGGCCAGGCAGGGUCCAGAAGGCUGUGCUUGUGGGACGGGGCUCUUCAACCAGCUGCUCUCACGGGCACCUGCCUUUGUGCCACAAGGCCCCGUGGUGGUUUGGAAACAGGCUGGCCCCCAGGUUUUAGUCUAGAGCCUGCCGUUCUUGGGAGGUCUCUUACCUGUUGCCUGCAGAGCUGAAGUCUCUUGUCCUGUUUGCAAGUCUAUUGCUUGCUUGUUGAGUUGAAUCUUCCUGAGAAACUGCCCCUGAGGCACUCAGUGUUCUGUCUGCCAAACUGCUGGUGUGCCCUACUCAGUCUCCAGAACAGCCCUGUAGGUCCAGCCCUCUCUGCAACCAGAGAACCUUGUUUUAAAUUUCAAAGGACCAGUGAGAUGGCCUGUUGGGGAAGGGCCUUGUCACUAAAAUAUGAGUUUGAUCUCUGGGUCCCAUAGGGUGGAACUGACUCCUGCAAGUUGUCCUCUGACCUCCAUGUUAGUACUGUGGCACAUGCCUCCUCCACAAAUAAACGUAAUUAAAUCUAAAGGUACCCUGAGAUUUCUGUAUAGGAAACAACUGUUUUAAAAAAUCUCACUGUGGGGAGGCAGAGACAGGCAGAUUUCUGAGUUCGAGGCCAGCCUGGUCUACAAAGUGAGUUCCGGGACAGCCAGGACUAUACAGGGAAACCCUGUCUCAAAAAAACAAAAACAAAAAACCAACAAAAACAAACAAAAAAAUCUCACUGUGUCUCAGUUUCCUGUUCUGAAAAGUGGGGAUAAGAUGGGCCAUUGAGAUAGCUCAGUGGGUAGAGGGUACAUACUGCCAGGUCUGAUGACCUGGGUUCGAGUCCUAGGACAUGUAUAAGAAGAGACUUCUCACCUCCAUAUAAACACCAUGGCACUUGGCGUGUGUGUGUGUGUGUGUGUGUGUGGCACACGCACACACGGUAAAAAUGUAAAAUAAAGUGAGGAUAAAAAUCGUGUGUGACUCAGGGACUAGUGAAGGUUGAGAAUAGUGGAACCUCGAUGGUAAUAAAUGUUAAAGCUUAUUGUA